AUGCGGAAUACGGGCAAAGAGGAUUCAACAGGCGAUCGAACCAAAAACUGGGAUUUGAUGGAGCAGAAAAUAUGCAGCACAAGCAAACAGGAUUUCUUUACGCAGAUCAAACACAGUUCGGGAUCGACCACAAAUCUGUUGGCAAGCGUGAACAGGUUGGAUUCAGCCCCGCAGGGAGCGCAGUUAGAGCUGAGGAUCGGCAUCAGCAAAGCGCAAGAAAUUGGUUUGGAGCUAGGCCGUCGAGUGCAGCUAAAUCUUCAUCGCCUUCAGAAGGAGCUUUCGCUAAGCCUACAGCUGCUCAGUCUGCGUCCUUGCUGGAAAAGGAUGCCGGAACACGGGGAAAACGAUUGCGUAUGA